AUGACCUUGAGAAGUGGCAAACAAACCAGAGAGAGUAGUUCAAAGAAGAAGCCAAGGGAUGAAGAGGAAGAAAUAGAAGUUAUUCCCAUUGAAGAAUCUAUAAUCAAGGAUGAUGCACAAGUCGGAGUCCCAAGGAAGACUACCCCCCCCCCCCCCCCCCCAGUAACUCCAAUAGCCACUCAACCGCCGUUCCCCUCUCGACUUGCAACUUCAAAGAAGAAAAUGGAGGAGAAAGAGAUUUUGGACAACUUUCGAAAGAUGGAAGUAAAUAUCCCUCUACUUGAUACAAUCAAGCAAAUCCUUAGGUAUGCAAAGUUUUUUAAAGAACUUUGUACCAACAAGAGGAAUUUGAAGAGAAAUGAGAAAAUUUCUAUGAAUGAAAACGCAUCUGCGGUUUUACAAAGGAAGCUUCCACCUAAGUGUAAAGAUUCGGGAAUGUUUACGAUUCCUUGCAAGAUAGGAGAUGUCACUUUUAGUAGUGCCAUACUUGACCUUGGUGCUUCUAUUAAUGUCAUGCCCUAUUUAAUGUAUGAAUCAUUGAAUGUUGGUCCUCUAAGUGAAAUUGGUGUCAUAAUCUCUCUUGUGGAUAAAUCAAGUGUCUUUCUUAGAGGUGUUUUGGAAGAUGUCCUGGUGCAAGUGAACCAAUUAGUCUUCCCGACGGAUUUCUAUGUGAUUGAUCUAGAUGAACAAGUGUCCUCAAAGUCGGGUAUAAUUUUACUUGGGAGACCAUUCUUGAAGACGGCUAGAACAAAGAUUGAUGUAUAUGCGGGAAGCUUAACGAUGGAGUUUGAUGGGGAAACAAUAAGUUUCAACAUCUACGAUGCUAUGAGAUAUCCUAGUGAUGUUUCAUCUUUGUGA